AUGUUAGACGUUUGGCUUUAUUUCAUUCUACAAUGGGCAUGCUUUAUGUAUAUGUUAACGACUUGUGGGAAGAAAGACGACGAAGAAGAAGGAGGUGAAGAAGGUGAAGGGGAAGGAGCACCUGCAUCAUCUUCGGGUACUCCAACUCCAGAGGGAGGAGCACCCGGAGCACCUCCACCUGAAGGAGGGCCUGCUUCAGGGGCUCCCGGCGCUCCUGAUGCAGGAGCGAAAUCGGCAGCCUCGCAAGUAAACGAAGGUGAAAAGAAGGAAGAGGGUGAAAAGAAGGAAGAAGGAGAGAAGAAGGAGGAAGAAAAGAAGGAUGCUGGAGACAAGAAGGAGGAAAGUGACAAAAAGCCAGACAGUGAUUCUGCAAAGAAAGAUUCCGAUUCAGAUAAGCCAUCGGGAGAUAAGAAAGGGUUGGAAAAAGGAGUAGCUUUGGCCAAGAAAAAGGGAAAGAAGGAUAAAGGAAAGAAGAAGAAGGGCAAGAGCAAGAAGGGAAAUGUGCUGGUGCCAUGGCUGCAGCUAAUUUUACAAUGGGCGUUCCUGGCAUACUUAAUGGCGAUCUGUGGGAAGAAGGAUGAAGAAGAAGAAGGAGGUGAAGGUGGAGGAGAAGGGGAAGAAAAAGGGCCAGCAUCAGCCAGUCCUGGAACUCCUACUCCGGAGGCAAAGGAAGAAGGGGGAGAAGGAGAGAAGAAAAGUGAAAUGAAGGAGCCUGGAGCUGAGAAAAAGGAAGGCGAGGAAAAGAAAGAGGAGGAAGGUGAGAAGAAAGAAGAAGAGAAGAAAGAAAGUGAAGGGAAGAAAAAAGACAAAGAUAAAAAGAAAAAGGGUAAAGACAAAAAGAAAAAGAAAGACAAGUCAUCAAAGAAAAAAAGCGGCAAGAAAGCCAAGGCGAAAACUCCAAAAGGAGACAAAAAGAAGAAGGAAGAAGCUAAGCCUAAGGGUGAUGAAAAGAAAGAUGAAAAGAAAGACGACGAGAAAAAGUCGCCGGAUAAGAAGGAGGAGAAAAAAGAUGAAAAGAAAGAGAGUGAUGAAAAGAAGUCUCCUGGGGAGAAGAAGGAGGAUGACAAGCAAGGCCCUUCAAAAACCCAACCACCAAUAGAAGAUGAAAAAGCUUCGCCAGGAGAAGAGGUGAGAUAUUUCAUGAUAUUAUGA